AUGUCUGGACUGGCAUCCGAUGAGGUCGCCGAGGACUACAAGAACAACUUGGAAGACCUCACUACCAACGACCGAUUUCAGAUCAGCAACUUGACCGUCAUUGCUAAGGAGAAUACGGAACAUGCAAUGGCCAUUUCGAGGGUCCUGGAGAACCAUAUUCGAACAACACCGCCGUCGCAGAAGCUGCCUGCUCUAUAUGUAGUCGAUUCUAUCGUGAAGAACGUGGGAACCCCCUACACUCUCUUCCUGGGACGGAACAUGUAUCAGACCUUCAUGAAUGCGUACUCCCUGGUUGAUCAGCAGACACGUCGCAAGCUCGAUGAGAUGCUCAGGACGUGGAAGGAGCCUGUACCGGGCUCCUUGGACACACGACCAGUCUUCUCCCCCGAGAUCACUCGAAACAUCGAAAACGCUUUAAUCAAAGCACGCACCGCCAUUCUUGAGAACCAGAAAGUUCGCCAGCCGGAUAUUCGGGGUCGCAGCAGUGCCACUCCCACUAGAUGGAAUUCUACACCUCCGCAUGGCAUGCGGCCGAACCAUCCUGUAGCCGGUAACGGGGUAGGCUUCAACACACCGCGGCUCAAGGCACUGCUUGAUCUUCAGAGAAUUUUGCAAAGCCAGCAGCUUCCUCCAGAUCAGUUGAAAACUGUGCGCGAUCAGCUCGCUGCAUAUGGGGUCCCACAAGCUCCGGUGCAAGAGCAUUCGGCCCCUCUCCCAGCACCCCCAGUUCCAGUGGCUACACCCCCUACAUUACCUCCUUCACAACCGGUGCAGCAUAUGUUGAAUCCCGAUAUACUCGCUGGGCUUCUCAAAGCAACGGCCGGCAACCAACAGCCGACGCCUCCACCGCAGUUCGCCCCAGGCACUUUUAAUAUUCCUCCAAUGCCCAUCACCAGCACACCACAGCCUGCCGAAAACCCCCUGAUUGCGGCCCUCAGAGCCCGCGGCUUGCUGCCUUCUGCCUCCGCACCACCGUCCCUGGCCUCUGGAACACCAAUAACAGGAGGCUCCCUCCCAUUUAUGAUUCCUGGUCAAGCACAACCUACGCCUCCCUCUGCGACACCACAAGUAUCCCUGCCGUCUUCGUCCACCGUGCCCAUGACCACUGCAUCUAUGAAAAUCCCUCGAAUCACUCUUGUCGUUUCGCUUUACGAGGCGAAGUCCAACAAAUGUAGCACUUGUGGACGUCGCUUCCCCACAACGGAGGAAGGCCGGGAAAAGAAAGCCCGUCAUCUGGAUUGGCACUUUAAGACUAAUCAGCGUAUGGCCGAUGCUGCUAAGCGAGCUCAGACCCGUAGCUGUGACGAUCAAAACCCAGACGACACCGAGGCCACAGCCGAAGGAACUGCGGGAGCAGAUGGAAGUUCCAAGCAAGGACCGCCCAAGCCCUGGAUUCGGGCUCCAAACGAAGCCACUCUCCGAAACACACCUUGUCCCAUCUGCCAGGAGAAAUUCGAGUCGACUUGGUCAGAGGAUGUGCAAGACUGGAUUUGGCAAGACGCAGCGAAGGUCGGCAAUCGGGUUUAUCAUGCCAGUUGCUACGCCGAGGUGACCAAGGACGGUCCAGCACCGCGGGCCUCCACACCGCAAGCGCGGACUGGUACGCCCGACUCGGUGCUGGGAAAGCGAAAGGCAGAGGGAGACUCUCCAGGGCAGAAAGUGCGAGUCAAGACCGAACAGUGA